GGAGAGAGGUGAGUGGACGCUGUUAUGCCAACAAGCCGAUUAUUGAAGGCUACUGAGCCCUCUCUGUCAAUUUGCGUCCGUCCUCUCAUGGUCAAACAAAGGCGGACAGACACAAUCACAUCUGAGGCUGAAGUUUCUAUCCUUACUUGGUCGGAGGCUUCAUCCAUCACCGCACAGGAAAGGACUUUUUUUAAAGGACGCUGGAACUUUUUAUGGAUUUAUAUUGUGAGAACUCUUGUGGGGAAAUCCAUUAUUUCUAUUAUAUGAGAUUUUGAGACUUGUGUGCAUGUGGUAAAAGUGACCUUCUUGGUGUCUUUUAGUUGUUGUUUUAUUAUAUAUUUUUUAAACUACAGUAGCUGCAUGGUAUUUUAUUUUUACAUCUUUCUUAAAAGUGUUUCAGGAUUUUUUGUAAAAGAAGUUAACACUAAAAGAAUGCAUGAAAUGAAAAUGGUAGCUGCAGAGAACUUUAUUAGUAAGUGAACUUUUACAAUCAGGCCCCUGCAAGCCAAAUCCUCAGAGACAACAGACAGAGCACCUCUUUGCUUUGCCCACUUUAAAAAAUGCAAGGUAUGAUGAAAAUGACCAGCCUCUCCAGGAGCACAGAUGACCAGAGGAACGUCAGUGAGAGCCCGGCUCACAAACCAGAGACGUCCAGGCACUGCAGCUGGAGCAGCCUCCGCUUCUCCAGAUGGAGAAGUGGCUCCCAGAGGACCACCCCACCUGGUACCCCCACACCAAAGGGAGAGAAGAGGGCCGAUGUGACCAAGACGCUCUUCUCCUUGGUCCAGACCCACAAUGACGACUACACGGCGGAUCCAGAUGGUGUGCAUGACACCAACGAGGAGGACGAAGGAGGCGAAGACACAGUACCCUCACCGAGCCAUGUCUUUUACUUCAGUAGGAAGUUUGGGUCCUUGCUGCAGCCAGGGGUCAACAAGUUCUCCCUGCGCAUGUUUGGCAGCCAUAAGGGCGUUGCUGCUGAGCAGGCCAGGGUCCAGAGCUAUGGAGUGUGGAUCAUCCACCCCUACAGUGACUUCAGGUUUUACUGGGACCUCGUGAUGCUCCUGUUGAUGAUGAGCAAUCUGGUGAUUUUACCCUGGGGCAUCACCUUCUUUGAAGACCAGAACACCGGGCCCUGGAUCACCUUCAACGUCCUGUCUGACACUCUCUUCCUCAUGGACCUGGUUUUCAAUUUCCGCACGGGCAUCCCGGGCGAGGACAGCGAAAUCAUCCUGAACCCCAAAGAAAUCCGCAAGCACUACCUCCGCACCUGGUUCAUGGUGGACUUCAUCUCUUCCAUCCCCGUCGACUACAUCUUCCUCAUCGUUGACCUGGAGUCCCUGCACGAUUCGACUGACGUGUACCGCACCGCCCGCGCCCUCCGCAUCGUCCGCUUCACCAAGAUCCUCAGUCUGCUGCGUCUUCUCAGACUGUCUCGCCUCAUCCGCUACAUUCACCAGUGGGAAGAGAUUUUCCACAUGACUUAUGACCUGGCCAGCGCUGCGGUGCGUAUAGUCAACCUGAUUGGCAUGAUGCUGCUGUUGUGCCACUGGGACGGCUGCCUGACCUUCAUGGUGCCUAUGCUGCAAGACUUCCCCCCAGACUGCUGGGUGGCCAAAAAUAACAUGGUGAAUACCACAUGGCACCUACAGUAUUCCUACGCCCUGUUCAUGGCCAUGAGUCACAUGCUGUGUAUAGGAUACGGCGCCCACCCACCAGAAGGCUUGACUGGCGUUUGGCUCACCAUGAUCAGUAUGGUCGUGGGGGCCACCUGCUACGCCAUGUUCCUCGGUCAUGCAACUAACCUGGUCCAAUCCUUGGAUGCAUCACAUCGCCAGUAUCAAGAGAAGUAUAAGCAAGUGGAGCAGUACAUGUCGUUCCAUAAACUGCCGGCGGACGUAAGGCAGAGGAUCCACGAUUAUUAUGAGCAGCGAUUCCAAGGCAAGAUGUUCGAUGAGGACAGCAUCCUCGGAGAGCUCAGUGAUCCGCUGAAGGAGGAGAUUGUCAGCUAUAACUGCCGUGGGCUCGUAGCCAACAUGCCGCUGUUCGCCAACACCGACCCUCAUUUUGUAACAGUGAUCCUGACCAAGCUGCGUUUCGAAGUCUUCCAACCUGGAGACUUGGUUAUACGAGAAGGAACGCUGGGUCGAAAAAUGUACUUCAUCCAACACGGCACCGUCACCGUCAUCCCGCGUGGCAGUAAAGAGAUUACGCUCAGCGAUGGGGCAUAUUUUGGAGAGAUCUGCCUGCUAACCCAAGGACGACGCACAGCCACAGUGAAGGCCGACACCUACUGUCGCCUUUACUCCCUGAGUGUGGACAGUUUCAACGAGGUCCUGGAGGAGCAUCCUCUGAUGAGGAGGGCGUUUGAGAGCGUGGCUGUGGACCGUCUGGGCCGGGUGGCUCGCAGACCCAGUUAUGUGCCUCCCCCAACUGAAUGAUCUGUUCCUCAACAGAGACAAACUCCUGCCAGAAAUGUGGAGGAUAUUUGUCACGCUUUGACUGAACUUGACCACAUAACAAAGCAACCUUCGAUGUAAAUUUUACUGAUUGCUGUUUACUUUAGUGCUCAGUGAUGAACAACCUGAUGGAGACCCUCAGUUUUAUUUAUUAACACAUUAUUGCUGCACAUAUUGCACCUUCAGUUGAUUUCAUUUUGUUACUUGGGUCUCAAUAAGCUAUAUGAUAAUUUUUGUGUUAGAUCUUUGUACACAUUUCAUGUUAGAUCCACUGUGUAAUUUACAAACGGUUGAGAAAAUAAUCACUAUUUUUAAAUAGUUUUUUCAGCAACUUACAUUUUUGGUGAUACAUGUGCUUUUUACUAAUGGCAAAUGCUAGCUUUUCCAAAUGUAAAUACUGUUUAAGAAUCAUUUUCAGUUGUCUGUAUGCUUUCUGAUGCUGCAGUUUCAUUAUCCAUCACAUCACUCAUUGGAGCGCCGGAGCACCAGCUGGCAACGCAUCAUACGGCUAUACUGUAUGUACAGAAGCGCUGAUUCUAAUGGUCACUCAGGUCUGUAGGUUGCAUCAAGUCACGGUUUAAUACCAUUGUUCACUGAGGAUAAGCUGCUGUGAUGUAAUAACUCUAACUGUACAGAGACAGAAUGUACACAGUUAUAGAUCACUGUUUACAAUUCCACAUUUCAUACUACUCACACUUGAAGAGGUAAUCUAAAAAACAUUUACAUUUGCAUCUUUGCAUCGCUACAAUUAAGUGUCCAAAAUUAUUAUCUGUGAUUUUUCUUUCCACUCAUGGACUUAAAUUACUCACUUUCCAGUUUUUCUGCAGGCAAUUCAUUUGCAAACAUAUAUAUUUUUUAAAAUUUAUGAAAGUAAAGUAGGUUAAUUAGCAGAUAAUAAUGAAGAACUUAUUGUCUCAAAAAAACUGAUUAAUUUGAACUGCUUAUUGGCAAAAAAACCCAUCUCUUAUGAGCUAUUAUUACUGUAUUGAUUGAUAUAGUGUAUUUUUUCCAGACAAAUUUGAUGCAGAAAAAAUGUGAAAUGUCAUCUAUUUUACAGUAACAUACUGUAAGAAUUCAAUAAUCACAUGAAUUUGUUCUAUUUUAACCACAAUGCUGUCCUUUUUCAUUAUUUUAACUGUUUGAUGAAUGAUCCUCAUACUUAUGAUGUCAUGUAAAUACGAAUAUUUCUACCCUUAUAAAAAUGAAUAAAAAAUUUAUUUUU